CGUGAGACCAUGCAUCGUGUAGAAAAAAGGGCCUGGGAUAAGGUACCUAAUGAGUUCUAUCCCUGCCUGUAGUUUAUGCUUAUUGUUCGCAAAAAGCAAAACACAAAAACAAACUUAGACGCACCAAGUGAAGUGAGCUCAAGAGAUGUACGGAUACUUCGUAGGGUCGUUUUAGAUUCAGUCAUGUAGCAGCUACUGCGCUCUUAAAAAAAGCUUUUUCAUGCCCCGCCUUGAAAGUCCCAACUUUCCCUCACCACCCCGCCUUGCUCUAAGCAUCUAACCAUCGACAUAGGACACACAGGGCGCUACUUGGGACUUGGGCCAGGGGAGAAAAGAAGAAGGAAAAAAAAAACUGUGUUUACUUUUGAAAAAAGACCACCAAUAUUCGGAGCUCUCGGGCACUCACCACAUGUCCAACCCUGACGUCAGCAGCGCCGGCACCGGCGCCGACGCCGACGCCGAAUGCCGCCUGACCGUCCUCUGCAGCGGAAACGGAACCAACCUGCAAGCCCUGAUCGACGCCGUGGCGUCCGGCGAGAUCCCCAGGAGCCGCAUCACGAAGGUCUUCAUAAACCGCAAGACCGCCUACGCCGCGACCAGGGCCCACCAGGCCGGCAUCCCGUCCGAGUACUUCAACCUGGUCUCCGGCGGGUUCCAGCAGAAAGGCGAAAAGGACGAGGCCAAGCUGAGAGAAUCCCGAGCUCGUUAUGAUGCUGCCCUUGCCCAGAAGGUCCUCCAGGACAAGCCGGACCUGAUCGUGCUGGCUGGCUGGAUGCAUGUCUUUGGCGAGCCUUUCUUGACGCCGGUCGGUGCUGCCGGGGUCCCGGUUAUCAACCUCCAUCCGGCUCUUCCUGGCAAAUAUGACGGCGCAAAUGCAAUCGAAAGAGCAUACCAGGACUUCCAGUCCGGUAAGCUCGAGAACAACCACACGGGCAUCAUGAUCCACUACGUCACCAUCGAGGUGGACAGAGGCGAGCCCAUCAUGACCCAGACGGUCGAGUGCCGCCAGGGCGACAGUCUGGACGAUCUCGAGAACCGCAUCCAUGCCGCCGAGCAUGGUUUGCUUGUGCGGGCCACUGCGAAGGUGGUGGGCGAUGUCCUGAGCAAGAAGUCCUCGAGUUGAUAGUCUGAAAACAAGACAGACACCUUUGAAGACCAUGUUGAACUUUUUAUGGCGCUCAGCUGCUUUGCUGCUCCUCCUUCGAUGCUUUUUACCCCCCCCC